AUGGCAGCAGGCACACUGGAGGGGGACUCACACAUGGAGGAACUGCUGGAUCAGGGUCUGGGGAUGGAGGAGACGGACCAUGGCCUGCUGAGGAGGCCCUCAUUGAAGGAGAGCUACCACAGUGACUCACUGCUGGCACCUGACACUGACUUCAUGACAGAUGACCGCAGUUCAGCAGCCAGUGGCCUUGACGUGGCUGACCGACUGACCUAUCUGGAGCAGAGGAUGCAGAUGCAGGAAGAUGAAAUCCAGCUGUUGAAGAUGGCUCUGGCCGACGUCCUCAAGAGGCUCAACAUCUCUGAAGAGUACCAAGCAGCUGCUGCUGCUGGCAGGAGACCAUCGGGUGCCAAAGCCAGGCCAGUGUCUCUGGCUCUGCCCUCCAGACCGCCCAUGGUGACCUCCAGCACUGCCUCCCUGAAGAAGAGCACCACACUGCCCUCCAGCUCCACAGCCAGGAACUACAGCCCAACACCGCCCCGCAGUGGUGUGAAAAGCCCACUAGGUAGUGUGAAGGACAGUCCAUGUAAGACCGCUAAAUCACGACCCACCUCUGCAGCCUCCACCUGUAAGAAACCUCAGGAAGGCAAGUCCAAGGAGGCUGCAGUAAGUGUAGGGACAAGGCGUGUGACGCACUGCAAAGUGACUAUGCAGAUCUAUCUGAGCCCCCUCGCAAGAAAGACUGGGUCUUCUGAGACCGCCAAAUCUGCGGCCACAGUGCCUGCCAACAGCAGGCCCAUGGCCACACCGCAGGCAAAGGGGGGGAACAAGCUACAGGCGAGGAAAACAACCCCCACUUUCACCUUAAACCUGCAGAAAACCACAAGCAGCCACAACUCAGCGCAGGACACAUCCAGCUACAAGAGCCCCCUCAAAUCACCAAGCCAGUACUUUCAGAUUUGUUACUGAGGCAAGCGGAUAGCGACUGAUUUACUGCAAGUGUGUCCUUGCCAUCGAGUUUACUAAACCCCAAACUUAUUAUUUGAAGCCUCAAUAAACCACUUGAACAGAAACUGCAAAUAAAGACUUUUUUCCAAUGGUGAAAAAACAAGAAAUUGAUUUUAAAAUGGGGAUGAAUGCAACAAUCUUCCUUGUUGUUCAUCCUGACUUUGUUGCAAUUGUGUAUGUACAACAACUUGAGCACUUACAGCAUUUUGAAACAUUUGAGUAAAUCAAUACAGUGUUUUAUGACAGGGUUAUUUAUUUCAAGCAUAGUAUGAAAGCUUUAAAGCAUUUUUAGCCUCAUUAUAGUCAUUGAUCCAUUUCUCUCAUGCUAGUACCUGCGUAUUGUUUCAUUGAAUGCCUGUAUUUGCUGUAAACGUUCUCUCUGUCACUAUGUAUGUGAAGUUUUGAGUUUUUAAGUAAAUAUGUGUUUGUAGGUGUCUUUGAGCGGUGACUGUGUGAUGGACGAGGGGGGAACUGACGUCGGCGAGCGUGUGUCACUGACUCUGUCUCAUGCCUAUGUGCUGUGAUGUUUCUAGUUUUGUAAUCGAUGUUCCACUUCAACACAGGAUGUACCAGUCAAAAAGGCUCAU